AUGUGGGUUCACCUCCUCUUAAUAGGGACAGCCCUAAGUGCACCUUUAGCUGACUUACCUCCCUGAAAAUAAACAAAUUACAGUGAAAAAUUCUGCUUAUAUAAAUUAAUAAACUCAAAGCGUUUUUUUUACAUUAGCUAAACAUUUCUAAAAUAUAAAGGAGAAUUAGUAAAAAAUCAGCCAGGGCUACCAGAUGUACCUAAUUUUGAUACAUAUUCUGGCUAUCUUGACAUCCCGAACUCAAAUGGGAAAUCCUUGCAUUACAUUCUUGUUGAAAGCCAAAAUAACCCAGCAACAGACCCUUUGCUACUAUGGCUCAACGGUGGCCCAGGGUGUUCCUCACUUGAUGGCUUUAUCUACGAGCACGGCCCUUACGUGUUCCCAGACGAAGGCGUGACUCUUUUUAGGAAUCAAUGGUCUUGGAACACAAAUGCAAGUGUUUUAUACCUCGAAGCUCCAGCAGGUGUUGGCUGGUCCGUGAUGGGCGACCUGGCUAACAACAACACUGACGACGAAAUCACAGCUCACGACAACCUUCAGGCAAUUUUACAAUUUUUCAGAAAAUUCCCUGAAUACAGAUACCACGAUUUUUUCAUUUCAGGGGAAAGUUACGCAGGCAUCUACGUGCCUACUUUGGCUUAUAACGUGCUUAUGUACAACAAUUACAGUCCUCAUAACAGCAUUAACCUAAAAGGGAUUGCUGUAGGCAAUGGCUGCACCGAUUGGAAUGUUGAUACAACCCCUGCCUUUAUGCAAUUGGCAUGGACCCAUGCCCUGAUUGGCUAUGAGUGGUACGAUAAAUUGGUGGCUGACUGUGACAACCUUAAUGAGUGGAGCAGUGAAGCCUGCCAAAAUGACGUAGGGUAUAUAGAAGGGACACUUCUCAAUAAUAUCAAUAUUUAUGACGUCUAUGGCCCUUGUAUUUACCAUAACGACACCCAAGCCCAAUUAGACAAUAACAGGUACCUGAAGUUUGUGCUCGAUCUUAACCCUAAUUUGGGGAUUAUUCCUCCAUGCUGUGCUUGGCAGGGCGCUUAUCAGUAUUUCCAAAGCCAAGCUGUAAGGACUGCUUUUAAUAUCCCUAACAGCGUCCAACAAUGGACUUUUUGCCAAGACUUGAAUUAUCAAGAUGACUACCUCCAUGGCUCCAUUUUUGUGUAUCCUUUCUUGAUACGUUCUGGACUACGAAUUAUGGUCUAUUCAGGAGAUGUCGAUGGGUCAGUGCCAUUUAUAGGGACAAGACAGUGGAUAAACAGCUUAAAUUUGGACGUGAAGCAGCCUUAUGCGUCUUGGUAUGUUGAUGAACAAGUAGCAGGGUAUUAUAUUGAAUAUGAAGGACUUACAUGGGUGACUGUCAAAGGAGCUGGGCACAUGGUUCCACAGUGGAAAAGACCUCAAGCGUGGCAUAUGAUCAAUUCGUGGCUAUCUGGAGUUUCGCCUUAA